ACAAGUGUUCGCAGACUUGAGUGUGGAACCCCCUCAGGGUCUGUGAGCCUCUGUUGAAGUUCUCUCGUUGCGAACCGAAAUAUCUUGCACCAUGGGUCAGCAGCUUCGUUCAGAGGAGAUGACGUUGUGUCAGCUCUUCCUACAGUCCGAAGCGGCAUACGCUUGUGUUGCCGAGCUGGGAGAACUGGGUCUGGUGCAGUUCCGUGACUUGAAUUCAGCGACCAACGCUUUCCAAAGAAAAUUCGUCAAUGAAGUACGGCGAUGCGACGAAAUGGAGCGGAAACUACGUUUCUUGGAACGUGAAGUUCGCAAGGACAAUCUACCAAUCGUGUCUUUUGGGGACAACCCCGAGGCACCACAGCCGCGGGAGAUGAUCGACCUGGAGGCGACUUUUGAGAAACUCGAGAAUGAGCUUAACGAGGUGAACACCAAUGCAGAAGCUCUCAAAAAGACGUUCCUCGAGCUGACCGAAUUGAAGCAUAUCCUGAAACAAACCCAACAGUUCUUCGACGAGGUUGGUAUGGGUCCGUGGAGCACAAGUAAUCCAAGAGGGUCGAAAAAGUAUCAGGUGGGGGCGAUCCAUUAUCAUUCGGGGUCUGAACGUGCCUGGGAUGACGACGGAAUACUGCAGAUGGCGGACGGUGGCCCAACCCACGAUGAGCAUGCCACGCUACUCGGAGAAGACGCCAGAGGUCAACCCCAGAACGCAGCGGGUGCCGCAGCCUUGAAGCUCGGUUUCGUUGCCGGAGUGAUCCUCCGAGAGAGGUUGCCGUCUUUCGAACGACUCCUCUGGCGUGUCUGUCAUGGGAAUGUGUUUUUGCGACAAUGUGACAUCGAUGUCGCUCUUGAAGAUCCGGUCUCCGGGGAUCUGGUCUCGAAAAGUGUGUUCAUAAUCUUCUUCCAAGGAGAUCAACUGAAAGCCAAGGUGAAAAAGAUCUGCGAGAGCUUCCGUGCCACUCUCUAUCCCUGUCCCGACACUCCGACAGAAAGGCGCGAGAUGAGCGUUGGAGUUCUCACCCGAAUCGAAGAUCUUAACACUGUGCUCCGUCAGACCCAAGAUCAUCGCCAUCGAGUUCUCGCUGCAGCGAAUAAAAACAUUCAGAACUGGGUAGUCAGAGUGCGUAAAAUUAAAGCCAUCUACCACACCUUGAAUCUAUUCAACUUGGAUGUGACCCAAAAAUGCCUCAUCGCCGAGUGUUGGUGCGCCGUCAAUGAUAUCGACCGCAUACACUAUGCCCUGCGGAGGGGAACCGAGAAAUCGGGAUCGAGCGUUCCUUGCAUUCUCAACAGGAUGGACACUAAAGAAACGCCCCCAACUUACAACAGGACAAACAAAUUCACGGCAGCCUUCCAGACCAUGGUUGACGCGUACGGAGUUGCGUCAUAUCGGGAAAUCAAUCCGACACCUUUCACUGUCAUCACAUUCCCGUUCCUGUUCGCUGUUAUGUUUGGCGAUUGUGGCCACGGCCUGAUAAUGUUCCUGUUCGCUCUGUGGAUGGUUCUCAAAGAACAAGGCAUCAUGGCGCAGAAAAGCAAAGACGAAAUCUGGAACACGUUUUUCGGGGGAAGAUACAUUAUCCUGCUGAUGGGAGGCUUCUCCAUCUACACUGGUCUCAUUUACAACGAUUGUUUCUCAAAAUCCCUGAAUAUAUUCGGGAGCGCUUGGUCCAUUAAGAAAAGCGACCUCUCUAACGACUCCUCUAUGCUGCUGCCAUCGAAAAACUUCGACGGUACUCCGUACGCUUUUGGGGUUGAUCCCAUAUGGCAGCUGGCUACAAACAAGAUCCCCUUCUCGAAUAGUUAUAAGAUGAAAGUCUCAGUUAUCUUGGGCGUCAUGCAAAUGACCUUCGGAGUCAUGCUCUCUUUCUACAACCAUCGGUUCUUCCAGAACCGCUUGAACAUCAUCUGUGAAUUCAUCCCGCAAAUGAUCUUCUUGAUGAGUAUCUUCGGUUACCUAGUGCUGUGCAUCCUCGGAAAAUGGAUGACAUACUAUGAGAAUCCGUCGUGUGCACCGUCUCUGCUCCUCAUGUUGAUCAAUAUGGUCAUGUUCAGUUAUCCGGCCUCAGAUGGCACCUGUAUCACGGAGUCUUUCUAUACGGGCCAGCAAUUUUUCCAGGUGAUACUCGUCCUCAUUGCAAUGGCAUGCAUUCCCUGGAUUUUAUUGGCCAAGCCCUUAAUUUUGAGAAAACUCUGGUUGGCUCAGAAUGGUCAAUACGGAACUCUCAACACCGUUCAGGUUCAGCAGAAGGACGAGACACAAAUUAUUUAUAACGAAGACGGAACUAUUGCGCAGCAACCUGCGAUGCAGGAAACCGUCGUCAACAAUGCCGGACAUGAUUUCGGUCAUGGCAUCACCCUCGACAACUUUGACUUUGGAGAAAUUUUCAUCAACCAAGCGAUUCACACUAUCGAGUACUGCCUGGGUUCCGUUUCACACACGGCGUCGUAUCUACGUCUGUGGGCGCUCUCCCUCGCCCACGCGCAGCUAUCUGAAGUUCUCUGGAACAUGGUAUUGAGGGUCGGACUCAACCAGGAUGGCGCGAUGGGAGGGAUCGUACUCUUCCUCAUGUUCGGUUUCUGGGCGGGUCUGACAGUGAUGGUUUUGCUCCUCAUGGAAGGCCUCAGUGCUUUCCUUCAUGCUCUUCGUCUCCACUGGGUGGAGUUCCAGAGCAAAUUCUACCACGGGGAAGGAUACCUCUUCGCACCGUUCUCGUUCGAGAGUAUUCUCCACAACGCUGAAUUGGAAGAUUCAGCUUGAGAGCAAUUUCUCGAAGACUGAGGAUCACUGAUAGAAUAGAAUGAGAAGACCCAAUGCGAAUAGAGAAGCUUAGCAAUCCUAGCAAAAGACAUAAUCAUCUGUCGUCAUUCAGAAGAGAGCAGGUAUGCUCAUCAUCAAUUCAUAUACUCAGUGUGAUGCAUAACGUCUGUUGCUAAUUUUAAUUAAAAACACCGGAUCUUACACUAAGAGCGUGCUCCGGCGUUCUCGUUUCUCAUGUUUUAGUAAUAAUAUCUCCCGGAGUUUAUCUCGUGGACGUAGCAUAAGCUGAGGACCGUAUCAUUAAGUUUGGCUUGAGCAAGGAAACCGAAAUAA